GUCGUCGUUAGAGACCUACCUCUCGGCAGCAGGUGAGGUCAAAUGCGGAGGAAAAGAGCGGAAGAGCUUUUGCUGACAGGUGGAACAUAUUUAAGAUAAAAGGCAACAAAUGGACGAGGAUAAAACGGCGCUGACCGAGAGCCUCAUAAUAUGGCUGCAGACCUUCAACACUCCUGCACCCUGCAGAACAGUGGAGGAGCUGACCACUGGAGCGGCAAUGUCCCAGGCACUGCAUCAAAUAGACCCAGCUUGGUUCACUGAUGGAUGGCUCGGUCGUAUCAAAACAGAUGUUGAGGAUAACUGGAGACUGAAGUUGAACAACCUGAAGAAGAUCCUUCAGAUGGUGAUUGCUUAUUAUAAUGAGGUCUUUGCACAGGAAAUCUCAGACUUCCCCAUGCCAGAUCUGGCCCUGGUGGCAGAGCAUUCAGACCCUAUGCAGCUAGGGAGGCUACUGCAGCUCAUACUGGGCUGUGCUGUCAGAUGUGAGCGUAAACAAGAAUACAUACAGAUCAUCAUGACAUUGGAGGAGUCUGUGCAGCAUGUUGUCAUGACAGCCAUUCAAGAGCUCAUGAGUAAAGAGACCAUGGCCCCGUUUGGAGCAGAAGUGUCAGGGGACUUGGAACAGCAGCUAAAAAAAGCCCUAGAGGACCUCACUGAACUUCUGUCAGAGAAGGAAGCGCUAGCCCAACGCUGUCAAGAGCUGGACAUACAGGUGGCUGUUCUUCAAGAGGAACGGAACAGCUUAUUGGCCGAGAAUGACGUCCUAACAGACCGAGCCAAUCAGCUGGACACUUUCGACGACCCAAGCACACCCUCAGGAAGAAAACACAGCCAACUGCAGCAACACUUUGAGGCGCUGCAGGAGGAGAACUUCAGGCUGGAGGCCGCUAAGGAUGACUACCGGAUCCACUGUGAAGAGCUGGAGAAGCAGCUGAUUGAGGUUCAGCACAGAAACGACGAGCUCACAAGCUUGGCAGAAGAAUCCCGAGCUCUCAAAGAUGAACUGGACGUUCUGAGGAACUGCUCAGAUCGGGUGGUGAUGCUGGAGGCCUCAGUGGACACGUACAAACGUAAACUGGAGAAUCUAGGUGAUCUGAAGAGGCAGAUGAAGCUGCUGGAGGAGAAUAACAUGACCUACAUGCAAAACACGGUCAGCUUGGAGGAAGAACUGCGCAAGGCCAACGCUGCCCGCACACAGCUCGAGACGUAUAAGAGACAGGUCCAGGAGCUUCAUAGGAAGUUGUCUGAGGAGACGAGGCGAGCCGACAACCUGGCCUAUGAGAUGAAGAAGUUAGAGGAAAAGCACGAGACUGUGUUGAAGGAGAAAGAGAGGAUCGUCGUAGAGAGAGAGUCUCUAAAGGAGAUCAAUGAGGAGCUGCGAUGCACUCAGGCUCAACAGCACCAGCUCUCCCAAGCAGGGAUGCUUCCUUCAGGCAGCCCCAGCCAUGAUAACCUGGCAGCUGAGUUAAUACCCAUCGAGUACAGAGAGAAGUUCAUCAGGCUGCAGCAUGAGAACAAGAUGCUGAGAGUGCAGCAGGAGGAGUGUGAGACAGAGAAGAUCGCUGCACUGCAGGUUCAGCUGGAGGAAGCACAUAAGACACGCAGUGAACUGGACACUGACAACAGACUGAGUCGAGAGAGGAUCAGUGAGCUGCAGCAGCAGGUUGAGGACCUCCAGAGGGCUCUGCAGAGUCAGGCGUCCAAACCCGAUGACUCAAACCUGAAGAGGAAACUUGAUGCGCACAUGGUGCAGCUGAACGAGGCUCAGGACGAAAUCAUGAAGAAGAAAGAGCUGCUGGAAGACCUUCAGCCUGACAAUACCCAGACUUCCUUGAGGGUAGAUGAGCUAAUGGCUGCUUUGAAGAAGAAGGAUGAUGACAUGAGGGCCAUGGAGGAAAGGUACAAAAUGUACCUGGAGAAAGCUCGCAAUGUGAUCAGAGCGCUGGAUCCUAAACUAAACCCAGCCACUGCUGAGAUCCAGGCUCUGAGGAACCAGUUAGCAGAUCGGGAAAAGCAGAUUCUCAACCUGGAGCGUCAAUGUGAGCAGGCCAGACUGAGAGAGUAUGAGGAGAAGCUAAUUGUCACAGCGUGGUAUAACAAGAGUCUGAACUUUCAGAAGUUGGCAAUUGAAUCGCGACUCGGAGGCUGCUCCUCCUCUGUGGUGUCCCCUGGCCAGUCCUUCUUGUCCCAGCAGCGGCAAGUCUCAAACGCCCCACGUCGUGCGCUCUCCAUCAGCGUGCCUGCCACUAACCCCAAAUAGACCUCGUCAUAGAGCCAAAUGUCUCACUUUUAUUCUGUUAAGAGAAAAAUACCCUCCCUCGCUCCCUCCUACCAGUGAGCACUCAAGUGACCUUAAACACAUCUGCUCUCAGCGCUUGGGUAGGGGGCCCCAGAUGAGCUGAUUGGGAUCAAUGAGCACUUAUCAGUCACAACCCUAUAGGUUACCAGCCGGAGUUCAUAGCAUACUGUCCCACAAUACACUGGCUGCAGGCUGACCUUCCAUAGAACAUGAACUCACAACCUAUGUUCACCUCACUAGCUAAAACGCACACACUCUCAACCAGACUUGGAGCAUAUUUCCCAUCUGCCCUGUGGGUUUGCAUUGCCAACUGCAGACUCAGCUGAAUACUUACUAUAAUCAAUUUAGCCUGUCAUGCUGCGUACUCGAUCAGGAAUGAGAAACCUAAAUGAAUGCUUAGCUGUUUUAUUCAGAAUGUGUGUACCAUCAUACUAUGCAGUUAAGGGGAUACUAAUGUUGUCAGACAAGCGUGCUUACGAUGUGUUUUGAGGAAAUUAUUGCUAUAUUUGGUGCUGGCCACCAACUGCUUUUGUGCAUCAAACAUCACUUACAUUUUAUUUUUUUUGCUAAAAUGGAACAAGCCCAUCAUGGAAAGCUGUGAAAAAUCCUAUAAAUCAUCAUAAAUAAAAACAUCUGAGGUGCUGCAACAACGAUUCCUACACAAGAAAUUCAGGAAUACUAGCUCUACUAUUUAUCAUGUAUUUUCUAUACUCCUAAAGUGUGAUUUGAUUUCCUUACUGCUCCUUAUUUGAAAACUGGCAGGCUUGUCUAUUUACUGAAUAUCUUGCAUCUUAUUUAGUAGUGAGUAAUCGGUCUAUAAUUGAAGUUGCACAGCUGUAAUGUAAACAUGAUUUUACCACCAGCUUCUGAUCCUAAAUGUCAGAACCAGGUUAAGUUUUCAUACAGUACCUGCAAAUUGUAACUUGAGUUUUAAUCACUGUAGUUGAUAUUCUAUUUAAUCAUGGACAUGUUUUCAGGAUAUUUUAGUGUCGGUGGAAGUUCAGAGCGCAGCAGAGAAGCAGCUGUUUUCUUUGACAUUGUGGGUUAUUGUCUUACCAACCUUUUAGGGAGUCUUAAGUUAAACUACACUAGUUUCACAACAUGAAAUGGCUUUUGAUUGGCUUGUCACACUAUGUUUGCAAUCACACUAAAGAAGCAUUCUGUUAAAAUGGUUUGGCCAUGUGUGAUCGAUAGAUGUUUAUGUUAAGGCGCUUUUAUUUUCCACUGCUGCGGAUGAUUCUUGUCGAUGGCUGAUUUAAAAGCAUUUACAUAAAAAUAAGUGAUCAAGCGUAGCACAGCGCAGGAACUACAUGUAUAGUGUUAUGUUUGUGUGUACAUAAAGAAAACUGACAAAGGCAUUGUGAAUAUUCAGGAACUUAAGGAGUUAAAAACGUAAAUCCUUUUGGUUUUCUUGUGAAUAAAUAAACUUUUUCUAAAAC